AUGAGUCUCAAAUCUAACCGUAAACGAAAUCUUUCCGAUUUUCUUGCGAGCAUCGACGAGCUUCGUGAGAUGCCGCCUAUCUAUGAGCCUCAUAGUAGUCCGGCAUCGCCCAGCGAUGACGGCAUCAAGGAAGAAAGUUCCACCCCCUCGUGCGGCUCUCCAAGUUUAGGCAAUGCCAUUGACGGCAGGUGUUCAGAAUCAAGCCCUAAUGAAUGCCAUACGAAAUCCAUUUGCCUGGGUGCAAUCGAAAUCGAUCUACUCCAUCGUCGAGACGAGGAAAUUGCGGAUUUGGCUUCGUUUUACGCCAAAACUCUUGUGAAACGUCCUUCGGUCCAUAGCCUCAAGGAGUUUAUCGACUUCACGGCAAAGACGGGGGUCGAUGCAAUGCUUUUUGCACUUAAACGCACCAACGCGUUGGAGGCUUUCUAUUUGGACAUAUUUGCUAUUCAUAUUCGGGAAAACUCGUGCGCUCAACAAGGAUGCAUUCGAUUUAUUGAGGCGAUUGUAAAGCAUAGCAACUGUGAAUUGUUGUGCAAGGAGUAUGUUGUGGAUCGUUUGCUUCUGGAAUUGAAGGAAGCUAUCGAAGAUGGUGUGAGUACGUCGUCGUCGUUUCAAUCGGGGGUAGAAACUCAAGUGGAGCGAAGGGCUUGCCUGCACUGGUCUGAACGCCCUUCGAAAAAAAGAAAGUCGAAUACGCCCGAAUCGAAAUCGAGUGAUCUCGAGGUGGCGGCCUUGUCUGAAAUAUUAGAUCAACUGCUACCACCCGCGCCAUCCACUCGAUCCUCGGUCUGUUUGCGUAUUCUUCUAUCUCUUAUUUUCUCCCAAAACCAACACGCAACGGAUGAUACGUCAGUCGGCUCAGAUUUUUGUGUUUCCUCGUACUUUUCCUCAAAGGGGGGACUUUGCCUUCUUGGGGAGUAUCUACAACAUGGUGCGAAGGAUCUGAUCGGCCUUUUAGCAUUUCUGGAGGUAAUAACAGCCUCUUCUUCACAUAGCGAAUACGAGGGAUUGCCUCAUAUCGCUGAAUUGCUCUCACAGGCCCUUACAGAAACUGAAAAUAGCUCAGUAAAGCUUGGAGACGCUGAGUGGGUUCCCGUAUUGCGUAUUUUGACAAAUAUCACUAGCGUGCAGCCAGACGUUAUUUCGACAGCACAGCGCCUUCACCUCGCCGCUUAUUUUCAGUGCGUCUUGCUUCACAGCAGCUGUGAAGAAGAGAUUAUUAGUUUCUGCCUAUGUUGUGCAAUCAAUAUUAUCAAAUGGGAGGUAAAAAACGCGAUUAAACCACCAAGCUUUUCCCUAGAGCUAGUGAACGAAGAGGAGCUAUAUUACGCCGCCGCAUCCGCCAUGAUCACCCGGUAUUACAAUGAGAGCACGGCGGAUGCUGUGUUAAGUGGGUAUUAUGCGAUCUUUUUAGCGUUUCUUUCGUGUCUAGAAUUGGAGGAGAGGUCCCUACGCAGCUACGUCAUCGCAGCGCUAACUCGAGCUUCGGAGGGCGUUUCAAUUGGCAAGAAAUGCGAGCACAACCCAAUGACAGUUAUCGUAGUAAUUAUCCAAGAGUUUAUUAUCUUCCAGAGCGAUUCCAAUACGUUAACACGCGAUACCCUUCUCGAAUUAAAGUCCCUUCUUGAUGUGCUUAUUGACGUGAAUGGUAUUACAAUCAGCGAAGGUUAG